UCCCUCCACCUGCCUCAAACCCUUUGUGUGUGCGGUGCCGUAUUUAUGUGUAAAGGUUUAGUUCUUUUUCACGAAGAGACAUGGCAUUUAAUGUUAAAGUUCCUCUACCUCGUUCCCAAUCUCUAAAACUAAAAGACAACUUGAAGGAGGUUUGUUGAAGUGUAGGUGAACCGCCGUUUUUAGGCUGAAUACUAACAUGUUUGAAAAAUGCGUUCAUGGCUAAAAGUUGCAGGAAGGCACUAUGACCGAUACUAACUUGACCCACACUUUUUAAGCUAGUAUUGUUGUUUUAUAUGAGCAAUAUUGUGUCGAGGAUAUGAAAUGUGCACUACACAAUGCCCUACCUUCUCACCACAUAGCAUUUAAAGUUUUAAAUCGGUGUAUUCAUAACAGCUGUCAAACUUAUAAUCUUGAUCGCAGAAAAAUAUAAUGUGAAUUAUAGGAGGAGAUGCAUUAUAGAUAUGCCCUAUCGGGCUCUAUGUCUUGGGUGGGGUUAUUCCACCCCAGCCCUUCAAAAAGCACGAAUCCGCCACUGGGCAAAAACUGCUUUUGCACCUGUUUUAUUUACGUUACGGUUUUAUUUUAGAACCGAUGGCAAAAUUGCAUAGAUGUUGAAGAUUAUAAAACGUAAGGUCUGCCACAAAACAACUUCUUGUAACCCCUUUUUGAUCAAACGUUGUAGUUCUUCUGAUGAUUACAUAAGACGAGAGGAAGUGACAUCCGGGCUCGGAGGUUCAGGUAUGCAGGUGUAGUCGGAGGGCGGAGUUAUUCUCCCUCAUAACCGAACAUUUCAACCUUUGCAAGUUUUGUUGGCAGCCGGGCAUGGCCACCGAUCUCAGCGAGGACUCGGUGCUCCUCUUCCUCAGGAGCAGCGGUGGCACGGUGAAGAACGCGGAGCUGCUGGCCCACUUCAGGCCCUUCCUCCGGGACCACGACGACCGACUGCGACACCGAGACAACUUCAAAAAGUUUGUUAACUCCGUCGCCACCGUCAAGCAAGUGGAGGGAGUUUCCUAUGUUCUCCUCAGGAGGAAGUUCAGGGCUCCGAGGGAUGAUGUAAACCCGUCUAACAGGGACCCCUCGUCUAGGACACCCGAUGGGUUGAAGGCGAGCGACCCCGGGGCCGGCUCGAGGAGCCGCUCCCCUGCUCAUCGAACCCCAGGCAAGACGUUACGGCCGCCGGCCCCGGUGCUGCCUUCCCCAGAUGAGCCGAGACUAACAACGACUCCCAAGGGAGACCCGGUAAAGGCAGCAGAAAGCCAGAUACUCGUGUCUGCUGGAAUAAUACUCAACAACAACAACGACGUGGAGACCAACUUUAAUCUGGUGCAGAAACCGCUCCUGUCCUCCAUCCCCGACGUGCCCCAGCCUGCAGCCUGUCGCCUGGCGCCAGGUCGAGAGGAACCGGUUCGCCACCUGACCCAGGCAGGGGCUCCUCCCGGGAACACAGCCCCCACACACCCGCUCAGGAUCCCGGCCACAUGGCCACACAAGCCGGUAGACCCCAGAGUUGAAAACCACCCAGCUUCGACGGUGGUCCAAAGUGUUGUAGAAACGAGACCUCGACACGAUUUAGAGGAAUAUCACCUGCAGGGAAAACCGUCUUCUAUUCUUCAUCGGCACGAAGGUCUUAAUCACAAUCAGCACGAAGGUCUUCAUCACAAUCAGCACGAAGUUCUUCAUCACAACACGGAUCUUAAAGUGAGAGCGCGGGGGGCCCGAUACAGAAAAAGCUACAAAUCCGCAGUCUCUCAGGAUGGUGAUGAUGAGGAGGAGGAAGAGGAGGAGGAGUUGACGGAGGUGAAUCCGAGGAGAGCAGAUUCAGCAGGAGGAGAAAUUACCCUUAUUCUACCUCAAGACAACAGGAGAACCAUCCUCUCCUCUCAGCCCCCAACGCUCCCCUCUCUCCCCCCUGCCCUCACCCCUACCCCCAGGAGGUUCUCCGGUUCCCCGGGCUCUGGGUCCGACUCUGUCCCCACCAUCCACGUCCAGGAGGUGGGGGAGCCGGGUCCGGGCUGGGGGUCUGGUGCUGGGACCCCCGGGGGGGGUCCAGGGGAGUCCGGUGGGGGGGCGGCGAGGCGGUCCGGCCGCCGUGGCCCAGGAGGGGCCCUGGGAGCGGGGCUUUCCUCCAGCCAGGACAGCCUCCUCCUCCUGCCCUCCUCGUCCUCCUGCAGCGACUGGCUCUCCCCGCUGUCCUCCAGCUCCCCCUCAGGAGCGGAGUGGAGCAGCAGCCACGAGGAGCUGGGCGCCCCCCACGGUGACGCGGGGGCCAAGGUGGCCCACGUCAACAGACUCCUGUCUCUGAUGCAUCGGUCGGAGCAGAAGACGACCACCCCCUGGCACCACUCCACGGGCCACCUCCUGGAGGAGGACCCGGGCUCCUCCUGGCGCCGCUCCACAGGUAAUCUCCUCGACAGCCAGGAGGACGCAGAGUCGAGUGCGGGCUCCGCCUCUCCCCCGUUGCUACGGAAACGUCCCGGGGUCGCCAGGCGGGUCAGCAGCCGUCUGCGGAGCAGGAACUGUAUGAGCCUGGGGGCGGGGCUGGACCUCCCCUUCCCCGGGGAGGAGGAGGAGGAGGAGGUGCAGGGCCUGGGGGGAGGAGGAGGAGGAGGAGGAGGAGCGUUGGCGGCGUCCCGGCAGAAACGCCUCCAGCUCCUCUCCUCCUCCCUCAGCCUGGGCCACAACCUGUCCACCUCCUCGCUGUCCUCCCCGGGCUCCACGCCGCCGCGCUGCCCCAGUGUGGGGGAGCUGGCUGAGGGCACGGAGCAGGGCCGAGGAGGAGGGGCAGGGAGGGGGACGGAUGGACCGCACAACUCCUCCUAUUGGCAUCGCCAGGUCCCUCUGGAGUCCCGGGAGCACUCCUGGCUGGUGCAGGGUGCGGCGGGGGAGUGGCCUGAUGUCUACUCUCUGUUCAGAGACGACCCCUCUCUGCUUCAGCGGCCCGACUUCAUCUCGGGCUUCACCGUCCUCCACUGGAUCGCCAAGCAUGGAGACCACAGGGUCCUCAACACGCUGUGGUACGGGGUGCUGAAGUCGGGCUUGACCCUGGAGGUCAACGUGAGGUCGUGGAGCGGCCUCACCCCGCUCCACCUGGCCGCCAUGCACGGACACAAGAAGAUGCUCCGCCUCCUGGUGCACAAGUUCCACGCCAACACGCGGAUCCGCGACGCCGCCGGGAAGAGGGCCUGGCAGUACCUGGAGGGGGCGGGGGGGCGGGGCACUCUGCACCACCACGCCUCCUGCUCCUCCGCCGACCGACCUCAGAGACGACCUCUGACCACCGGCUCCACCGGGGUCAAGAGGUCAACGUCGAUUGCAGCGUUCCUCAAACACAAGACGCUGCUUCGCUUCAGAGAGCUCCCAGACGUGUGUGUCUAG